CAGCAUCGGCCUCGUCAGCUUCGACGGCGCCACGUACUGGGUCGCCUCGGACGCCCGCUCGGUCAUGGCGUUCGACCUCCAGAACGAGCGCGUCGCGGUCGUCGCGCAGCUGCCGGUGGUGCGCGGAAGGCUGGGCUGGAGCUCUCUUUUCAUCUGACGACGGACGGGCGAGGGAGGCUGGGCUUUGUCCGCUCCCACGAGAUGAAGCGGACCAGAAAGCGGAAGCGGCGGAGCAAGACCGAGGUGUGGAUGCUGAAGAACGGACGACGAAGAAACAAGAAGUGGAAGUGGGCUCUCCGGUACAAGAUCGAAGAGCCACUUCAAGAGAUCGUCUGGCCGCACGUCGUCGUCAUCCACGGCGAGCACGUCCUCACCACCCGGGUGACGACGGGGUGCGGCAGGUGGGUGAGCUUGCACGCGCACCGCCUGAGCGAGGCGAGGUCGGAGCGCACGCCGCCGUCGAUUGGCCUGUACGCCGACUGUCACAGCCUCCGGACGUUCGCCUACGUCGAAACCACGGAGCAUUUGGCAUUAUAUGGAUGCGACGGCGGCGACAUUGGCGACGAUGAGGAGUGGAGGUGGAUUAGGAUGUUUGAUGUUGAUGAUAUGGAACCACGGUGGAGGUUGGAGCGACGCAUGAUUGCAUAGUAUACUAGCAUAUUGUGUUGCUACAGGUAAUGUAACAGACAUGCGUAGUACCCAAUGUUUUAAAUAGCGGGCUAAGCCCUUUAGACUUUGAUUUUUCAAAGGCUAAGAAAGGC